AAAACGCUUCACUGCUCAGACUGAUGUGUUGUCUAGUGGGUCAGACAGGAGGACAGUUUGCAUUCUGAACCAUUUUGCUGGUUUUUUUGGUGCUAUGAAGACCUUGUGUUUUUGGGUUAGCCUCCUGGUUGGAAUCUGUUUCAGGUCAUCUUUUGCGUUUCCUUUCAAAGAUUCAACACAACAUGGUUUACUUCAAAGUCUUCAGACCACAGGGAGCUCCCAACGCACUCCGCAACAAAAGGCUCCAGCCGAGGAACGAGAGCAGGUGAAUACUGUCCAAUUGACCUGCCAUCCAGACUCGUUGGAGAUUAUUAUCAAAGCUGACCUGUUUGGAGUUGGAGCUCCUGUAAAUAGUGACGAAUUACGCCUUGGAGUGGAGCACGAUGAUUACUGUAGAGCUACAACGUCUUCAGGAGAUGAGUACAGAAUCCUUGUUGGACUCGUGGACUGCGGCACCAAACAUUGGAUGACUGAAGACGCUCUGGUCUACACAAACCUUCUCAUAUACUCUCCUGUGGCCUCUCCAUACGGGGUGGUUCGAAUGGAUGAGGCUGUGAUUCCACUUGAGUGUCAUUAUAAAAGGAAGUACAGUUUGUCCAGUAUUUCACUCAUGCCCACCUGGAUCCCCUUCAUGUCUAACCAAGCUGUAGAGGCAACUUUGGCAUUUGACUUGAGAAUCAUGACUAAUGACUGGCGUUAUCGAAGAAGCUCUAAUGUGUUUUACAUCGGUGAGCCCAUCAACAUCGAAGCCUCGGUCAGAGCUGGUCAUCACAUGGGGCUCCGAGUGUUUGUGAGCAGCUGUGUGGCUACACUUACCCCCGAUAUACACUCUGUUCCCAGAUACGUCUUUGUUGAAAAUGGGUGCUUGGUUGACUCUGAGCUUCCAGGUUCUAGGGCCCACUUCUUAUCCAGGACACAGGAUGACAAGCUCCAGUUGAACAUUGAUGCCUUUAGGUUUCAUAAUGA